AUGGCAAACAUCAGGAAAUCGGAGCGAUGGAGUGAUGAGGAGGUAUCAGCGCUUCUGGACAUCUACGCCGAGGACGCGACGCAGGGAAUGCUGCUGAAGCCAGUACCCAAUUCGAAGAUGUUCGAUCGUUGUUCUAACUUGUUGCUCGAGAUGGGAAUCGUGCACAGCGCCAUGGCAUGCCGGCUGAAAAUAAAGAAACUCCGCCAGGACUACAAAAAAACUAAAGACUGGAACAAUAAAAGUGGUAACGACCGGAGGACCACUAAAUGGUUCGACCGCUUGGAUGUUUUGCUAGGCCACAGACCAUCAUUCACAGGUACAGCAUCGAGCCUUGAUUCGGGCAGUAUGGCAUCGGAGGCCGCUCCAACGGCGGAUUUAGAGGGCGACCACGACGAAGGCGAGGAAAAUCAGCAACUCUCGGGAUUGGAAACAAGCGAGCUUGGCGUUGAAGAUCAGAGCGCUUGCUCGUCUCCCUUACCGGCAACCAAACGCAAAGGAAAGCGGACACAGGAUGCACUUUUCUUCGAGACCGUCCAGGCGUUGGAGGACCGGCGUGCCGUGGUGAAUGAGUCGCUGCGCGGAGAUCAAGUGGUGCAGUUCACCCAGAUCGCUGGUCCGGAAAAAAAGACCUUCAGUUGGGGGAUGGGCCUGCACAACCAUCACUCACCCUAUCCAGCAGGAUUCAACUUCAUGCGGUGUGUUCAUUUGCAAGAUUGA